AAAAAAAAAAAUACUACAAACCAAUCAUGCUUUCUACAAUAGGUAUUCCAGCUUUCAUUUUCCUAACAUUGAUCCUUGUUCAUCCUUCAAAUGGACAACUGAAUGCAACUUUCUAUUCCAACACAUGCCCAAAUGUGUCAACCAUUGUCAGAGAUGCUGUUCAACAGGCUCUUCAAUCUGAUUCGAGAAUCGGCGCAAGCCUAACUCGUCUUCAUUUUCACGAUUGUUUUGUCAAUGGGUGUGAUGCUUCGAUUUUGUUAGACCAAGGUGGAAACAUUACUCAGAGCGAGAAAAAUGCUGCUCCGAAUGUUAAUUCCAUUCGCGGGUUUGGUGUAGUUGACAGUAUCAAAAGCUCCCUUGAAAGUUCAUGUGCUGGUGUUGUAUCUUGUGCUGAUAUUCUUGCUCUUGCUGCCGAAUCUUCAGUGUCUUUGUCAGGAGGUCCUACAUGGAAUGUAUUACUUGGAAGAAGGGAUGGUCUAACAGCAAACCAAGGGGGUGCAAAUACCUCUAUUCCCUCUCCAUUUGAUAGCUUAACCACUCUUACAUCCAAAUUUUCCGCGGUUAAUCUUGACACUACUGAUCUCGUUGCAUUGUCAGGUGCGCACACAUUCGGCCGAGCUCAGUGUCAAUUUUUCUCUCAAAGAUUGAACAAUUUCAACGGGACUGGAAGCCCAGACCCAACUCUAAACACAACAUAUUUGGCCACACUUCAACAAAAUUGUCCAAGUGGAAGUGGAACUACUUUGAACAAUCUUGAUCCUACAACCCAAGACACAUUUGACAACAACUAUUUCACCAAUCUUCUAACCCAAAUGGGUCUUCUCCAAACGGAUCAAGAACUAUUUUCUACCAACGGUUCUUCCACUGUCUCUAUUGUUAACAGCUUUGCCAACAGCCAAACUGCAUUUUUUACCCAAUUUGCUCUGUCAAUGAUUAAUAUGGGUAAUAUUAGUCCAUUGUCAGGAACGCAGGGAGAAAUCAGAACCGAUUGUAAGAAAGUCAAUGGAAGUUGAAGAGGCAAAACAAAGGGCAUUAUAUAUACCAUGUUUUAAAUCUUGAUGUUGUUUAUCAUGUUUCUAUCAAAAUGAACUGUUGUAUUUUCUUUAAUGUGUGAACGUUAAUGUGGGUCUUCAAAUUGGAUAAUCAAUUAAUAUAUGUCUCCUCUUUUGUGUAA